AUGUCCAAAGCACUUUCACACGCCAAGAUUACUCCCCGCAGGUCAUCGGCUCGAGGCCAUGCUGAUCAUGGCUGGCUUAAUACUUACCAUACCUUCAGUUUCUCAAGCUACCAUGAUGGUCAAUUUCAGAACUUUGGAAGUCUGCGAGUCCUUAACGAAGAUCGUGUAGCUGGUGGCACAGGAUUCCCUACACACCCUCAUCGCGAUGCUGAAAUCUUCAGUUAUAUUCUCAGUGGAGAACUGACCCACAGAGAUAGUAUGAUUAAGAAGGGAGCAGAGAAGGCGCAAGGAGAUGAUUUUUACAGAAUGAAAAGAGGAGAUGUUCAGUUCACAACUGGUGGAAGUGGAAUCGCACAUUCAGAACAAAAUGAAUCAGAGGAAGAAGUCCACUUCCUUCAAAUAUGGGCUCUUCCUUGGGCUAGAUCUCUCACUCCACGAUACCAUACAAAAACCUUCUCUGAAGACGCCAAGCGAUCUGCAUUCUUACCAAUUCUCUCACCAUUGAAAGCUGGUCCUAAUGCCUCUGCAGAAGAGGAAAAGGCAGCAGAACCGACGCUGCCAGAUACCAUACCUAUACAUGCCGAUUUUGUCAUGGCUGCUGGGAUUAUUGGAGUGGACAAAAGAUUCAAAUGGACUGUUGGUGGAGAGGCAACAAAGAGCGCUGAAAAUAGAAAAGUCUAUAUACAUCUUCCUAUGACUAAGGGUGGCAAUUCAAAGAUCAGAUUAGAUGGCAGAGAAGGAGCUGUGCUAUCUGAGGGUGAUGGUGCGUUCGUUGAAGGAGUCAAGGCAGGGGAUGUGUUGAGUGUUGAAAGCAUCGGAGAGGCAGAGGCGGAAGUUAUCGUUUUGGACAGCGAUUAG